AUGCGAUCGUUAACGAACCUGAGUCUCUCACUUCUCCUUCUUCUCCUCCUCUUCACACACACACGCAUGGCUGCUGGUUCUGAUGAAGUGGAUUCACAGCGUCUGGAGUCAGGACAAGUUGAGGAAGUCGAUGUUGAACCGGUUGAUGCAGCGAAUUCGAUGUUGGGAAGUGGUGAAUCCGAAAUUGAUGACGACCUCCACCCUGCUAGGUGGCGACCACCUCGCAGACCACGACCAGGAAGACCACGAUUUUGGAGACCGCGUCCAGGACGACCGUUUUUUCCCAGACCCCCUUAUAAACCCAUAUAA